AUGAAGGUGGCGGCGCUGGACCAAGGAGCCCUUCUCGCGAAGCUUCGUCGCGUCCCUGCUGCCCCCUAUCCGCGCCCCCAGUCCGGCGGGGCUUGCGCCCCGAGCAGGGCGGUGCCGCCGAGGGGAGCGGGCAGCCGCCCCCCGCGGCCGGUAUCCGCCGCGGUGGAGAGGGAGUCGGGAGGGCGGGUAGGCGCCAAGGGACUACUCAUCACCCUGCCCGACAUCGGGGAGGAGGCGGCGGCGGAGAGCGACGGCGACGCGGUGACUUGCAGCCCGCCGCGCCCCCGGAAGGGACUGUCCAGAGGUUCCACAAAUCACUGUCUUUCUGGAAAAAGUGGAGAAUCUCUUCCAGCAGUUUUUGAGAAAAAUGUGCAGGAAGCCAUCGACAAUUAUACUCGUGAAACACUUCCAUCGUUUUCAUCUAGUGGCUGUACAACACCCACGGAGCUGAAUAAUUCUUGGUCUGGAAUAAACAGCUAUACUACUGGUCUGUCUACUGAAAGAAGCUCAGUUUACUCCUGGAGGGAUGAUGAAUUUGAUAGAGCCAACACGCAGAGAGUGCAUCAGUUACUUUGGGAGAUUGAUGAAUUGCUGUUUGAAGGAAAAGUGACCUCCCAAACUGAGAGCCUGCAGGCAGAAUGUGCAGACUGGAGUGAACAAUUUCCUCAUAUAAGGGUUCUGGGAAAACAGAUCUUACUGCCAAAGGAUGAAGGCUUUCAGCAUUUUCAGAGCAGAAGUGAUGCCCGUGUGGACACUGUGUGCUUAUCUGACCUCCAUGAAUGUACUAGUAAUAUAAAGCAGCUCUGUAUUUCAGGCUCUAAAUUGAUCCCAACACCAUCUCCAAUACAUAAAUCCCUGGAUCCAAGUUCCACUAGGAUUUCUGACUCUGACUCAUCCAUGUAUUCAUUCCUGGAGGAAGAAAUUUAUGAUGUGGAUGGAAAAAUAGAAGAGUAUCUUGCCUUUGACAACAAGGAGCUUGAUGAUGAGGACUGGGAGCAAAAGAAAAUGCGUCUUGCUGAGAAGAGGAGCAAGCGUGGCAUUCCCCCUGUUUCUCCUGAUGCCUGUAUCAAAGAUGCUGUGGUUUCUGAAGUAUUUGAUUGUAUCUGGAGCAAUGUAAUUGGAAUAUUGGAGGAACUAGUUAAAAAAAAUUGGGAAGUUAGUGUCCCAGAAUGUGACAAACAGGUGGAAAAACUGAAAACUGUUACAGCAAAACUGCCACAUUUACCAGUUAUUCGUCUUGCCACAGAUGCUGGGAGCGUUCCUCUUUCCAGAGGCUCUCAAGCACGAACUGUAUCUUUUGGGUCUCACUUUGUUUCCUCACAGGCUCGUCGUUUCUCCAGCAACUUUUGUAGUGACUUGAAUGGUGUGAUGACAAUUCAAGCAAAACCACUCCAACAGAGGCAUGUUGCCACAGUAGAAAAAAUACAGAAUGAGCAAGAAGACAAACAGUAUAACAUUGGCUCCAGUGCUCCAAAUUCAGUGCAUACUAGGCUGGGGAGAGUUGCUGAUAAGAGUGUUCUCUCAUCAUCUCGGGUACUGCUGGCAUCUUCUAGGAAGCUACCAAGCCAUCGUAGGUUGCCUUCUCUCACUUCUGACCAACUCUCCUCAAAAGCUCCUAAUAUGUACAAUGAUGAAAUCCUUAGGGGGACUAAAUUGGUUGCCAGCUUAGAUCGUUUAUCUUCUGCUUGUGCAUCUACAACCCGGAACAGGUUGCCACCAAUAAACUCAGAGGCUGUUGAACAGUAUCUUUCAGUACCUCGACUGCAGCUAAGCUCUCAUCGAGGACGAUAUGGUCGUAGCAGAGUGUCAAGUGCAGUGCCUGGCAGUACAGAGCUUCGGCCCCUCAGAGAAAGAGUUGUGAUUGAUCAAAUUUCAAGGCCCAACACAACUCAUGCAUUCAGGACAGACACACCUCAGAAAAGAUCACUGACUCCCAUGGAUUUUCCUAACCACAGAGGGACAGGUCAAAGAUCUUUAAUUGGCUCACAGCAUUACUACAGGUCCUUUCAGAGAAAUACUCCAACAUCAAGGAAGAGAUUUCAGAUUUCUUCUUAACACACCUUAGGAAGAAAGAGAAAGCCCCUGCAGUGAACAGAGGAACAAUGUACUAAAUUUGCCAGCUAGUGUCUUGUGCAACAGAGGACACGUGCAGUAUGCUGGUUUCACUAAGCCUUGCAAUCCUCAGGAUGCCUGUAUUGCCUUUUGUUUUUCAAGCUGUUUGGCCAGAGGUUAAAAUAAAAAUUAGAGCAAAAGGAAAUAAACAGUUGAGAUGUCUGCUCUAUUUUCUGAGUCAAGAUGCUGCUGCUGCACUUUCUUCUCUGGCAUUCCUGCUUUUUAUGCCUUUCCUUAGGGAAUUGCUACUCCACCUAUAGAAGCAGGUCAGUUAUGUUUAGGCUGUGGUGACUUAUUCCCACUUUUUCAUGUUUCCUCAGUGUUACAGAUGUUCUAGUCUAUCCAAACAUCAGUUAUAUAUAAAAUUCAUUCUUUUAAACAGAGGUAUUUCCUCUUUAGCUGCUGUUUUAACAUUUCUCCAUUUUUAAGUCUUGUCUGCUUAUUGCAGUUGGUCUCUUGUAAGUAUUGCCUGUCCCCACUUUUUCUUCUUCCUUUAAUUAUUUUGAGAUAGAAUUCAUUUAUUGCUUUUACUUAUG